UCACCAUGGCGCGAGAGGACAGCCUGUCGCUGCCCACCCUGAAGCUGCUGUUGGUUGGAGACAGUGGAGUGGGGAAAUCCAGUCUCUUGCUGCGAUUCACAGAAGACCAAUUUGAACCCUACCUCAACCCAACCAUUGGUGUUGAUUUUAAAGUGAAGAAGAUGGUGGUUGGGGAUCUUCCCCUGCAGUUGGCAAUAUGGGACACAGCAGGGCAGGAGCGGUUUCGAACACUGACUCCUAGUUAUUACCGUGGUGCUCAAGGUGUAAUUUUAGUUUACGAUGUCACCAGAAGGGAGACUUUUGUAGGACUGGAGAGCUGGCUGUGGGAGCUGGAGAUGUAUGCCACAAGGAAGAAUGUUGUGAAGAUGCUGGUGGGCAACAAAAUUGAUAAGCCUGACCGUGAGGUAGACAGAAAGGAAGGCUUGAAGUUUGCACGGACACGCUCCAUGCUUUUCAUAGAAGCCAGCGCUAAAAUGAAGGAGGGUGUGCAGAGUGCCUUUGAGGAGGCUGUUGUGAGGAUCCUGCAGACUCCAGAGCUUUGGGAUGUAAGAAAGGAAGGAGUUGAGCUGACCGAGGACAAAAUGCUUCAAGAAACACCCAGCUGUGGUCCAUACUGUUCUCUGGCUUGACAUCCACCAUCUUCAAGCCAAAUAGCCCAGGUCCAGCAUGCCUAAUGGACAGCCUCCUUGUUUCAGUGCCCUGCUAAGAGAAUGCCCACCUGUGUCUCAGGUACACAUUGUGAGGGUGUGCACAUCAAAUACAUGGAUGUAUACACAGAAUACAUGGAUAAUCAAUUGACUGAAUGUUCACCAUAGACUGGGAAGAUCUGGCUCAGAUCACAAGUGUAGCAAUCCUGCUUUACAGAGCAACAUCUGAAUGUGGGAAUGGUUUAAAUGCAUCUUUCUGAACUGGAGAUUUUAGAUAUACAUUGUGAGUUUGGGCAAGGUUAACCUCAGAGAACAAUCUUUUACACAUUACAUUUAGCCAGCCAAGCACCCCAGGAUAAGACUGCAUCACUUGUGGCAAACCUCUUCAGAUUCCAGACUGUUUCCACCUGAGUGGGACAUUUGGCUUCCGUAACUUCUGAAGCAGCCGGGCAGGUAAUGCUUUACUCCAGGAAUGUUACCUCAGUAAAAAUGUGGCACAGAACCUGACUACAGGCUAAAUAGAAAAGCUAGUGUAUAGUAUGAAGAGAUGGGCCCACACUUUGGCCUCUGUAAACAAUUUUAUUCAAAAGCAAAUCUGAGAGAGAAGUUGUUUUUUCUUACAUUUUUCUUCAAGCAUUCUGUAUUUUUGUUUUGCUUGAUGCUUCAUCUAAUUAUUUCAUGACAGUUUGAAUAGCUGUCAUUUUGACUGCCCCCCCCAACCUUGGCCCCCAAAUGUCUGAAAGUUACAGCUCUACAUUCUUAAACCAAAGAUAGUUUUAGGACUGUAUUCAAGCGUCUUGACAAAAAGCCCACAAAGAAUUUUUCAGUAAACUUUCAUCCCAUCGUCAUUGGAGCUGUUUAUUACUUACUUGUUUAGAAAAUGUAUACUCCACCUCUUCAGACACCUGCUUAGGGUUGCUUACGAAGUAAAAUAUGAUAAAAUAAUUUUUAAAAAGCAUACAUUUAUUAUUAAAAUGAACAAACCAUUACACAACCAAGUGAGAGCAUAAAACAUUUAGCAGUCUAGAAGAAUAUUUGUUUCUGCUUGAAAUACUACUCUGACAGAGAAGGUGGAGUUGUUUUGUGACCUAGAGAAGCACCAGGGUCCAGUUGACUUCUCUUAGUUUAGAUUUUACCUCACUCUUGAACUUGUUAGUCUUAGGCAAGGGGAGGAGACAUAAGUCAGUAGAAGAGUCUCCGCUUUGCACGCAGAAGGCUCCAGGUUCAAUCUCAGGCAUUUCCAGUUAAAAGGACCCGGCAGUAGAUGAUGUGAAAGACCUCUGCCUGAGACCCUGAGGAGCCACUGCCAUUUGAGUAAACAAUACUGACCUUGAUGGAUUGAUGGUCUGAUUCGGGCAGCUUCAUGUAUGUUCAGUGUGUAUCGAUCCCUUACUUCUGCCCCUCAGUCCUCAACUUGAAGACAACUAUUCUGCUUUAUCAACCUGUUGAAAUGUGGUAUGUGACACAGGCUUCAGAAUUUCAAGAAUCUCAGGUUUCAUUCAGAAAGAAAAAGCACGAGUCUGGUCCUUUAUGACUGUUGAAAUGAACUUGGAGUUCUGAGGACAUAGCAACAUCUUAGAGGCCAGAAAUGGAGGAGGACUUCCAGUGGUAAGUGAGCUUCAAUACCUUGCAGAGCUCUUUGCCCCUUACUGUGGCUAGAAUAAAGUAUGCAAAAGUAUCCAAUU